AUGAAUUUCGAUGAUGUUGUGCCGUAUUUAUGUCGCGGUGAUUUUGGAAAGUAUCAGAAGAGAAUUUAUUUCCUUCUUUGCUUACCAGUAAUUCUUAGCGCAUUUCAUAAGCUUUCCGGGGUUUUCUUACUCGCUGUCCCUGAUCAUCGUUGCAGAUUAGAUAACGAAUCGAUUGAUUCACCAUUUGAACUGUCAUCCGAUGUUUUGAACUCAUCGUUUCCAUUCGACAUGUCAAAAAAUGAAUUCUCAAAGUGCGAAUUCAUAAAAGAAUCAUCUAAUGAUUCCAUUGAGUUAUCAAAAUGUCUUGAUUACGUUUGGAGUACUUCAAAGUAUGAAAGUUCAGCUGUAAAAUCAUUCAAUAUGGUAUGCGAUAAAGCAUCGUGGAGAGCAUCAGCAGACUCUUUUAUGAUGCUUGGAGUUUUUAUCGGCAGUUACGCAUUUGGUGAUCUUUCUGAUAAAUUUGGUAGACGGCCAACACUUAUUUUAUCGCUUUUUAUUCAAUUGCUUGCCGGAGUUUCCAUUGCGAUUUCACCGAACCUUUUAACAUACACAAUUUGUCGAGUGAUUGUUGGUGCAGCUUCUUCUGGAAUCUUCUUAGUUUCAUUUUGCUUAGCAGUGGAACUUGUCGGAAAGGAAUCUCGAACUAUUGCCGGAACUGUUAUUCAGAUGUUCUUUUCAGUCGGCUACCUUUUGAUCGCUUUUUUGGCUUAUUUUAUUCACAAUUGGCGAUGGCUGCAAAUUGCAAUAACAAUUCCUGGGUUGUUCAUGAUGUCAUAUUACUACAUCAUACCUGAAUCAACACGAUGGCUUCUAAGUAACAAUAAAAAGGAUAAAGCAAUUCGUCAAAUCCAAAGAGUUGCUGAUUAUAAUGAUUUGAAGAUUCCCCAACAUGUUUUGGACAAAUUGCAGACAGAUUAUGACAUUGCAAACGAAAAUGAUUUGGCAGAAAGAAAACCUUCACUCUUAGACUUGUUUAAAUCACCUUAUCUCAGAACUAAAUCACUUCUCAUCUUUUUUGAUUGGUUUAUUAUCACGGGAUCGUAUUACGGCUUAUCAUGGAGUACCAAAAACUUGGGUGGAAAUGAUCAUCUUAAUUUCGCAAUAAGUGGAAUGGUUGAAUUUCCUGCUUUAUUUUUCCUUAUGUUUUCACUUAAUCGAUUGGGAAGGAAAGUCAUCUUAGCUGGAAGUAUGAUAUUUUCCGGCUUGACACUUCUUUUGUCACUCGUCAUACCUGGAGACUAUCAUUGGUUGAUCAUCACGCUGGCAAUGCUUGGAAAAAUGAGUAUCACGACAAGCUAUGGAGCAAUUUAUGUCUUUUCAGCUGAACAAUUUCCAACAGUCAUUCGAAAUGUCGCUUUGGGAGCAGCAAGUAUGUCAGGUCGAGUUGGUAGCAUCACAGCGCCGUAUUUAAUAUUUCUUUCGGAAUAUUGGAAACCAGCUCCAUAUUUUAUUAUUGGUAUCUGUGUGCUUUUUGGUGGUUUAUUGUCAACAUUCUUACCAGAAACAACUGACGAAAAAUUACCAGAAACAAUCGCUGAUGGCGAGCGGUUGGGUAAAGACGUGGAAAAAUCGAAAGUCCAUGAAGUUGAGAAGUUAAAUCUCUAA